ACAGGAUGGGCAGCUUCAUGCUGGUCUACCUGCCUGACAGCAGAGCCUCCAGGAGCACAGAAGAUGGGAGGGGAAGUGGGGGAGGAGCAAAGGAGGCUGAAGGCAGAUAAAAACCCUCAGAGACGGGGGUUAGGUACUCAGAGGGACUUGGCUCUCCUCUUAGUGUGCUCUGCUGCUCUGCCAAACCUCUCUCUGCUCAGCCUUUUCUUUGCACAUCCUUACUUUAAAAAAAGAAGCAACAAUGUCUGUCCAAACAGUCAGCAGGACGUCGUUCAGGUCUAGCAGUGGUGGCCGUGCGUCAGGAUCAGGCCUCAUGUCAUCAGGAUUCUCCUCAAAGUCAUCAGCAGCUGGGAUGUCAGGCGGUUUUCAAAGUGGCUCUAUCCGUAGGUCAGGUGGAUUCAGCUCCAGCUCUGCUUAUGGCGGAAGUAGUGGUUUUGGCAUGAGCUCUGGUGGUUAUGGUGCCGGCUCUGGUGCUGGCUUUGGUUCUGGCGCUGGUGCUGGUUUUGGUUCCGGCUUUGGUUUUGGUUCCGGCUCUGGUGCUGGUUUUGGUGCCGGUGGUGCCGGUGGUGCUGGUGGUGCCGGCGGUUUUGGUUUCGGCGCUGGCUUUGGAGCUGGAGGCCCUUCACUGCCGACAAUCACAAAUGUUCAGUUCAACCAGAGCCUGCUGGCCCCCCUCAACCUGGAGAUCGACCCCAACAUCCAGAUUGUCCGUAGCCAGGAGAAAGAUCAGAUCAAGAACUUGAACAACCGCUUCGCCAGCUUAAUCGACAAGGUCCGCUUCCUGGAGCAGCAGAACAAAAUGCUGGAUACUAAAUGGAGCCUGCUGCAAGAUCAGACCACUUCACGCUCCAACAUUGACGCCAUGUUUGAGGCAUACAUCGCCAACCUCCGCAGACAGCUGGAUGGGCUUGGCAACGAGAAGAACAAGCUGGAGGGAGAACUGAGGAACAUGCAGGGAUCAGUGGAGGACUUCAAGAAGAAAUAUGAAGAUGAAAUCAACAAGCGUGCCUCUGUGGAGAAUGAAUUUGUGCUUCUCAAGAAGGAUGUAGAUGCCGCCUACAUGGGCAAAAUUGAGCUGGAGGCCAAGGUAGAUGCUCUUCAGGAUGAAAUUAACUUCCUCAGAAGUAUCUACGAAAUGGAACUCUCUGAGCUUCAGGGACAGAUCAAGGACACCUCAGUCAUUGUGGAGAUGGACAACAGCCGCCACCUGGACAUGGACGCUAUUGUGGCUGAAGUCAGAGCUCAGUAUGAGGAGAUUGCCAACAACAGCCGAGCUGAAGCUGAGAAGUGGUACCAGCAAAAGUUCCAGGAGAUGCAGGUUUCUGCAACUCAGGCUGGAGAUGACCUUCGCAACACCAAGAGCGAGAUUGCUGAGAUCAACCGCAUGAUCAGCCGCAUCCAGAAUGAAAUUGAGGCUGUCAAGGGACAGCGUUCUAACCUGGAGAACCAGAUCGCAGAGGCAGAGGAGCGUGGAGAGAUGGCAGUAAAGGACGCCAAGCAACGCAUCAGGGACCUGGAAGAGGCCCUGCAGAAAGCCAAACAGGACAUGGCCCGCCAGGUCCGUGAGUACCAGGAGCUCAUGAACGUCAAGCUGGCUCUGGACAUUGAGAUUGCCACCUACAGGAAGCUGCUGGAAGGAGAAGAGCUAAGGAUUUCCUCUGGUGGUGGCACUGCCAACAUCCGGGUGAUGUCUUCAAGCUCUAGUAGUGGUGGAGCUGGUGGUAGCGGUGGAGGAUCAGGCUUCGGAGGUGGCAUGGGAUAUGGCAUGGGCGGAGGCGGAGGUUUUUCUAGUGGAGGUGGAGCUGGAGGAUAUGGAGGCGGAGCUGGAGGAUUUGGAGGCAUGGGAGGAGGCAUGUCCUCGGGAGGAAGCAUGAGCUCAAGAAGCAGCCUUCGGCUUUCUUCUGCUCGCUAUUAAUAAUAAUAUCAACAUUCAAUGUUUCCCUAUAAAUCCACUCAGGCGUCCAGAAACCCAAUCCCAUCUUCUCCAGCAUACAUACAGCAUUUCCUGACAUUUCCUGGUAGAGAGAGCGUGUUUUUUUAUCCAGAAAAGAAGCAGAAAAAUAGUAAGACCAAAAAAGCAAGAGCCACAGAGAUUUGAGUCAGUCCUGUCGUCCUUCGAACAGUCAGCCCGGCUGUCUUUUGGUUGCUGGAUAUGCUGUUGAGCAGACAAAGCAAAAAUUGUAGUGUCAGAACAGAAAAUCCUAAAAAGCAACAACCACUACGCACAAUGAGCUACAUCUGUACAAAAGGAGGACAAGAUACUUUUGAAUUCUAAAAUUGCAUAUAGGACAUGUAGUGUCGCCACAAUGACUACUUUCAUUUGUAACUUGUUGUGCACGUUAACACCAUCAAAAGCAGCUCUAUGUAAUGUUCCCUCUCCCCUUCCUUCUCACUUCCUGUUCCAGAGGUAACCCUCAGCUGCCAUAUCUCUAAAUGAAUGGUUUCUUUUGAUGCAAUUUGUUCCUUUUCACAAACACCAAAAAACUUACAUGAGGCUGACUGGUACAACCAGAUUUAUAAUAAACUGUACCAUCAAAACAUCUGUAAUAAAUCUGUGUUCAAUUUUC